GUGUAAAGUCAUAACAUGUCAAAGUUAAUAUAACCUGCAAUAAAAAGUUGUUAUGAUGUGAGAAUUUAAGCAGUUAAUUCAAAUAUUGCAUUUAACAUGUUUCCAAUAAGCUAUAUUACAAUACCCUGGGAGGAGCUGAUAGAGUGUCCUGAGAGCAGUAAUUUCCAGGUACCUCAGAAUGUAGUCCUAAAACCAAUGGGGCAUGAAUCGAUUCAGAUUUUGAACCAGAAUGUUGCUACUGAAAACUUAGACGUCCCAAUAAAUCAGGAGAACAAUAAUAUAACCAGUAAUGAAGCAAAGCAGAAUAAUACCAGUAACAAACAUGCAACUGAAGUGAGAUAUUUGAAGCCCAAGUCACAGCAAAUGAAAAAAUCUAGUCUUAAGAAGAAGGAUCCAAUUCAAUGUUCUAUAUGCGAGAAGACCUUCUCCAAAGUCACCCAGUAUAGGGUUCACAUGCAGGAGCACAGGAACAUGAAGAAGUUCAAGUGUGAUCAAUGCAGUGAAAGCUACAACAUUGAAGAUAAUUACAAGAUACACAUGGCCUUGCACAACAAAGGUCCACCGAGUUGUCCACUCUGCGAUAGGAAAUUUCAAAGGCUUGCCAGUUUGAAAGCGCAUCUACAUACACAUCAAAUAGAAGAAACUUUUAAUUGUAAUGAAUGUCUAUUAGAAUUUGAUAAAGAGGAUGAUUUAAAUAAUCAUAUGAUGACGAAAGUCCAUAAGGGUGAUGUUAAGGAAGUCAAAUCUGAUGAUUUACCCUAUGUUUGUUCAUUUUGCAGCUACUUGUUUAACAAUGCUGAUGAGUAUAAAGAACAUGUUACAUUACAUAUAAAGGCGCGAAGAAUGAAUGGGCUAAAGAAAAUAAAGAGACGUAAUGUGAAUACUAAUAAAAAUCAUCCUCAUAAAUGCGAGCAUUGUGAGAAAUCCUUUCCAAAGAUCUGUUUGUUAGAACGUCAUCGAAGAAUUCAUACUGGAGAGAAACCUUUUAAAUGUGAAAUUUGUAAUCGUGGCUUCAAUCAAAACGGAACAUUGCAAAUCCACUUGAAUAAACACAAAGGACACAAGCCAUUUGAAUGUAUGUUUUGUUCGGCCAAAUUUUCGCAAAGAGGAAAUCUUCGCGUGCAUUUGGAGAAAACUCAUACAGCAGGCGCGCCUGGUGAGAAAGUGUACAAAUGCACCCAUUGUACGUGCAUCUUUAAAAAAGUUUCAUCUUUGAACGGGCACGUAACCAAGGUACAUUCUGGAGAGAACAACAUUUCUGUGAUUAUAGACCAAUUGAAGUUGCUGGAUCAGCAAAGUGCUCCUCAUAAGAUGGCAGAGGAGGUGAAAGAACCGCCGAAGGAAGUUCCUAAGGAAGUACCAAAAGUUGGCGAUCCUAUUGUAACCGGUGAAUCUUACAUAAAAAUCGCAGACACCAGCAUCGAUGGGAACGUUCGAAGAUACUUGAUAAAACAUCGAAAGUACGGGGAUCACAGAUGGUAUAUUUGUUCGCAUUGUAGCAAGGAGUUUAAGAAGCCUUCGGAUCUCAUUAGGCACAUACGAAUACACACUCGAGAAAAGCCGUUUAAGUGCACGGAAUGCGACCAAACUUUCGCUCAGAAAUCCACUCUGAAGAAUCACCAGAACACUCACAUGCAAUUCCAAUUGGAUUGCGUGAUUUGCAACAAGAAGUUCAACUCGAUCAGAAAUUUGAACGUGCAUUUAAAGAAGCACGAUAAGAAUGCGAUUGCUAAAAAAGUUGAUUGCUUUAAAUGCUCUGUUUGCGAUAAAAGCUUUCCGACUAUGGACAGUGCAGAGGAGCAUAUGAUCAUUCAUGAGGUUCCCGACGUGGUGGAAACGGCUAACAAGGAAAUACGAUUAGAGGAUUGUAUAGUCAUGAAACAGCCUAUGGUUGAGACGGAAAAUGGAGUCUUCACUGUAGCCGCACCUAGACCGAAGGUGCCUUACGCAACUAUGGAACAAUAUAAAAACAGACCUUACAAAUGCCAUUUAUGUAAUGCCGCUUUCCUCAGGUCGGUGCAUCUCAAGAGGCACAUGAUUACACACACUGGCAACAAAGAAUUUCAAUGUGAUAUAUGCGCCAAAAUGUUCAAUACUCAAUAUGCUUUAAAAGAGCACAGAAACUAUCAUCUCAACAUCAAGAAUUAUGAGUGUAAGCAAUGCAAGAAGAAGUUCUACACGAAUCCCAUUUUGAAGAGACACAUGCAGAUACACACAACUACUAAACCGUACAUCUGCCCAUACUGCAAGAAACGGUUCAAGCAAGUGCAGUUUUGCAGGAAACACAUCAAACUUAUCCAUAAAAGAGAUGUUAAAGAUUCGCUAAUGACAGAUUCGGAUAAUAUCGGCUUGAAUAAAGAGCAGAUCAUGGAUUUGGAAGAAGUCCUUCAAGGAGCACUGGGGGAAACUACUGAAGAGCCGACACCACCAACUCUUACUAUUGAUCCUUCUUUACCACCAGUUGAUGAAUUUAGAGAUAUACAAGAUGCCGUUGAAAACUUCAAUCCGAUGGAAGCACUCAUGGAGAACAAGGAAGAUCCAGCAACUACAGAAAAUUUAGAAUUGGCGUUACAGCAGAACUAUUCCACCAUCAACAUUUGUCCUAGAGAUUUGCAGCUGUUCAAUGAUACCAAUAUGGUAGAUACGACGGAUCCACUCUUACCUAUAUCGGAAUUACCUGAAACAAGUAUGCUUUAUUCUCUGGAUGAUAGCUCGAAUUUUGGCAACUUGAUGUACAAUGCUAAUGAUCUGUUGGAUUUGAACGGUAGUAAAGAUUUGAACGCGAAGAACAACAACCAGAUAUUGUACGCAGUGGAGAAUUACGAAUUUGAUAUGAAUCGGUUGACGCAAAAGGCGACUACAUUGGGUGGAGAUAGCUUGAUAAUCUUCAGCAAUGAGCAGAAACCAACAGAUUUGAAUCUAUUCAGUUUGAAUUUCGCUUCUGGUGACUUGAUCAAUAUUAGUCUAAUGGAUAAUGCAAAGCAGACUUCUGAAGAAGGCACUCAGAACGUGUGCUUGAUUUGUAAGGAGACUUUCGAAAGUCUUGAGGAUUUGAAUAAACACAAUUGCACGCAAUUCGACACGAUCACUGAGACAAUUCCGGUGGAAGUAUUGAACGAGCAACAAGCGUUUUUUAAGGAAGAAGUUAUGCAGGAACCUCAGGAGAUUACCGAAGAAAUAAUCGAAAAUGUUGUUGAGGAAACUGAAGAGAAACCAGCGGAGCAAAGUUUUAAGUGUCAAUACUGCGAGAAAUCGUUUCAAAGUAAAAUAUCUCUUGUUCGGCACUCAUCUGGUCAUCAUAAGGUGCAGGUGGAUACUACUUGCAAUUAUUGUUCGAAGAAAUUUAAGAAACCUUCGGAUUUGGCAAGGCAUAUUCGUACACACACUGGAGAGAAACCUUUCAAAUGCAACCUGUGUGAUAAGAGCUUCACACUUAAUUCGACGCUGAAUUCUCAUUACAGAACGCACAGCUCGAUGAACAGCAAAGACUUCAAGUGCCAUGUAUGCAAUACUUAUUUCAGUUGCAAAUCGAGUUUAAAAUCGCAUAGCUACAUCCAUUUAGAUAUUAAACCACAUAAAUGCGACUUAUGUCCUGCUAUGUUCCGAACGUCGCACCACAAAAAGAACCAUAUGUUGGCUCACGAGAAGUACGACAAGAAGCCGCCAGGAAAGAUGCAACUUUGGAAAACCUUCAUGGAUGAGCAGAUGAGAAGUAUUGGUAACACUAACGCUGUUGAAGUUCAAUCUACUGAUCCUUUAACGCAAGAGUUGCAACAAGCUACCGAUCAUCUUGUAGCCAACGAAUUACCAAUCGAUAAUUUGGAAAUAACCGAGGGUUUAUCGAUAAAUCCUAUAAUGCUGACCAAUGGUUAUUACACGUUACCCACGGAGCUGGGUAUAGGUCAGCUGAUCUUAAAACCAAUGGUGAUGGAUCAUGCAUCUGCAAAUAUUGAAGCUGACGACGAAGAAAUCAUGAUGCCAGCAAAGCCGUUGGCCAACGACGUUAAAUUUCAGUGCAACAUUUGCUCGAAGUAUUACGUGUCCAAGGCGGGACUUGCCAAGCACAAGAGGCUAGUGCAUGGGAAUUUCAAGUGCACCAAAUGCAGCAAAGCGUUCGUCAGUGAUGAACUUUUGCAGAAGCAUUUGGUUAUGCACGAUAGCGCUAGACCCUUAGAGUGUCCGUUAUGUAACAACAGUUUCAGCAAAGAAAGCAGCCUUAAAAUACAUCUUAAAAGGAUCCAUAAUAAGAUAAUGUUUUCAGUGACCAGUCUAGGUUAAUUAAUUAAUUAAUUAUUUUUACAUAUG